AUGGAUAGUGAUGAUAUACCGGAAGUGUUGGUUGCCAAUCGGCAAAAUCAACUAAUCUUCCUGACAGGAUUAGAUAUCGUCAAUAAUAGGUCUCAUGCAGCUGUCUUCUCAGCUUUCACAGUAAAUCGAGAGCAAGAUCGUCCACCAAUUGAUUUUGUUAUGCUCGAUGGCACCCAGACAUUUUGCGAAUCAAAAGCACAUCAACAGAUGGUGUCGAAUUUUUCGCGAGGAUUUAUUAAAGUGGAUUGGUUCAAGAAAUAUGUUAGAGACUUACCGUCCGUUAUCGUACUGUUUGCUGAUUUGGAUUGGGAUCAUCCAUCUUGGAAUGAGAAGGCCACGGAAUGCGAGUCGAAGAUUUCAUCGCUUAGGACAAGCAUCGGAAUCCAUGCAACUCGAAUUUGUAUUGUGCUACUACAACAAACUCAGCUAAUGGACAAUCCAUUAGCUGUGGAGAAAACAGCCAAACUAUGUCAGCUAUGUCAGCUUCCAACGAAACAAUUGUUUAUUCUACCCGUUGGCGAACGAAUGUUUUCAUCGGUUUUAAGGCUUGAAACCGCAUUCCAUGAAUUAGCGCAAGCAUUCUAUCAACACUGUCUGAAAUCAAUCCGUGCGCGAUCUAUACCAAAUAAUUUUUCAAAUCUUAUCAUUCGUCAACAGUUUAAACUGGCAUUCAUCUCGGAAUUACGACAAGAUACACACACGGCACUCAGACAUUACAAGCUAGCAUAUCAACAUUGUACCGAGUGCGAAAUCGUCGAUAGUGAAAUAUAUGAACUGCGAGCAGUGGCCGGACUCCUCAAUUAUAAGAUAUGUCAAUUAUCAUUUUUUCACAGUGCAGCAUUAGAGGCAUUAGCACAGCAACGACGACAUAAUAAUACAUUUUUUUGCUUACCUCCAGGCUCGUAUCCAUCCCCAGCCAUAGCAUCAAUUGAGCAUUUAUUAUGGAAAGGCAAACAGUGUUCGUUAUUUGCGAAUUUGUUUGAACGAGCCGUCAUAGGUGGUUUGGUUGCUGUAUCAACUCAACAUCCUGGAAUGUAUCUUCAAGCAGCAGCUUAUUACUAUCGGCAAGCAAAUGAAGCUAUUAUCGCUUUAAAUGCUUCACAGUUAGCUGGGUCAGUUUAUCCUAAUCCUGACCCAUUGCUUGCAACUACAGUUUUUUAUGGACAAAGGCCAUGGAGGACAGCUACGGAAAAUGGCAGUCUGUCGGAUCCGGAAACUGAAAAAAAUGCCGUCAUCGCACUUGAGUUACGAUGUUCUCCAAAUCAUGAUCGAUCUAUUGCUCUACUCUCCUCUGCAAUGUCCCAGUUCAAGAAAUACAAAUGUCUGCGAAUGCAGCGUUACAUGAUGUUCUUGUUAUCAGAUGAAUACUUCAUAACAGGUCAAUACGUCAAAGCUUUACAGUUUGCAUCACAUUUAAUUUGGGAAUGUCGUCGGGAAGGUUUUAUGCAGCCAAUUACAAUACUGCUUCUGCGUGCCCUUGUAUGUGCAUUUCGAGUAGCAGACGUGAAGGAAUUUAUGACACUUAGUAUGCAAAUGCUUAACUUGCGCGCAUUUCCGACUUUUGCUCCCAUUACGGAACAAAUUAUAGCAAAUAUUGAACUGAUUCGUCAAGGCUUUCCACCUCAUGUACCUAUCCCAAAUGCUAAUAUAUCUUCGACCGAGAUAGAGGCAUGUCAAAAUCUUUGGAAGAUGGCAUUUGCUGAACGUGUAUUUUUUUCGAUAAGCGCACCCCGUAUUGAUGCAUUUAUUCGUGCUCGUGUUGCUUUUCUUAACAAUACCACAGAAACUGUUCAUGCUAAUUCAUUAAUUCUUCUUAUGGUGGCCCUCUCAUCGUACUCUAGUAAAACGAUCUUUUUCGAAAGAAUGAAAAUUACUGUCAGUGAUGGGAGUAAGGAACCAGGAGAGUUGCCAUUAUAUGAAUUUACCGAAGACAAUGUCGAAAUUAAUCCAAAGAAAGAAACGGUCAAAAUGUACAAGAUAUCAUUACCUCAGUCGUGUUGUACGAGCGCCAGGCAACUUAUAAUGAGCGGAUUAAGCUUGGAAAUGGGUUCCGUACAUUCAUCUGUUUAUGGUACAAUGGAUUGGGAUGCUCAAUCGUUGUCGUAUGGUACUUAUGAUAAUUCUUACAUGAAUUCUAUAUUAGACGCAUGUGUCGGUCAGACGAUACUUAAAAUCGAACCUCGUGAAGCUCAUUUUCGCCUUGAAGGAAUUGGUCAAAGUGAAGCACUACUUGGUGAAAUUGCCACAAUACCGCUGUCAUUUAUAUGUGAGGAAAAUAGUCCGAUAGAAAGUAUUAGAUUGGAUUGGUGCUUGGAUACUAAGGAAGAGAUGGUUGGUUCUGUGGUUUUUGUCGAUGAGGAAAAUCAGUUUGUUCCGAACGGCACAAAAGUUUUAAAAUGCAGUAACUCUGAAAUUCCACCUUUUAAGGUUCAGUUGAAUAUAAGAUACUGCACUCAGACCAUCUGCUCGACAAAUAUGUCGGUAACGGUCUCUAUAUCGCUGGACGAUAUGACGGUGCAGAAACGCUUCUUAGUAUGUUUGCGGUCAAGACUUCCAUUUGAUGUCGAGAGCAAAAUACUGACUAUAAACAAUGAUGUGAUUGAAAAUCCGCUUGCGGAAACCAAUUUCUUUAUUCGGACAAACAUAACAACAGUGGCAGAUAUGGUUAUUUCGAACAUAUCAUGGAAAGCGGGUGCUGGAAUGGAAACUGAUGAAGACGAAAAGAUUUUGCUGAAAGAUGAAAUUUGCUGCCUUGAGAGCGACGUAAUAACUGUUUGUUCACCUGUACGAUUUUCGCUGAAAGCAGAAAGUAAGCGAUGUGAUUUGGGUGAAAUAUAUAUACGUUGGAGAAGGAAUACUUUACUGGAUGGUUGGGUUUUGUCCCAGCUUAGCAUUGGAUCUGUUCUUGUGAAAAAUUCUCCACUAUCAGUUGAAGCGCAUCCUCGAACUUCUUAUCUUAUCGUACGAACAGCAAUUCCAGUUAUUUUUACAAUUCGAAAUCUAUAUGACAAAGUGAUCGAUCUGCAGAUGAUGUUAGAAUUGGCAGAUGUAUUUGUGUUCGCUGGCAACAAAAAGAUCGAUAUUCGUUUAUUACCAUCGGAAAUUUAUGAGUAUAAAGUAUCAGUGAUGGCUCUUUGUGCUGGUCGUUUACCGUUCCCGAAGCUCACAAUUCGAAGUUCGAUGUUCGAUCCAACAGUGCUGGACGAAAUUACGUUGCUUUCAAUUCCAGAUGCUAUGUUUAUACUGCCUUUAGCUAAGAUGUGA